CAUCUUGAUCCACCAUUUGUCCCACAUUUAGAUUUCAAGCAUCUCAAGCACGUCUACCACUUCUACCACUUCUACCGCUUCACACUUCACGCUUCACACUUCAACCACUCAACGGUCACUUCAUCGACUCCUCCGAAUCCACCUUAAAUGUCAACAGACCAGCCUAAGCUGCACACACCCAUUGUUUUCUUCCCUCUUACUUCUCUCCCAAACCAUCUUCGAAUGAACUUCAACUUCACAUCACAUUAAACCCGUGAAAGUUAACAAAUUUUGAAUUUCUUGUUUACAAUUUCGAUACCUAAGCAACUCUUUUUCAUCCGAGCGAGGAGUGAAUGAAAAUAAACGUCCAAGCCAACUCAACUGCAUCUAAUAUUUCAUCCAAUUACACAAUCUCACGAUCCUUCAACCCCCGCAUCUCCAUGAAAUGAGCAUCCCGUCUCCGCCAAAUAGGAUUAUACGGACCGAAUAACUUCUCCAGGAAUUCCAAUAUUCUAAUUCCAUCGUCUUAUCGUCUUUUUCGUUCCAAACAGCACCGAGAUCAAAUUCCUAUACUGUCCUGGGAACAUAAACUCCUACCCACCCCAGACCAAGACAACUGAAUCGUAUGGUUUGGACCUCGACGAUAUAAUCACACGAGAAUUGCACGUAUACGCUCGUAUUUGUAAGGCUGGUACGUUGGUACGUUGGUACGUUGAUACGUUCAGCGCGAGGUAGUAUCGAUCAAAAAUCAUUGAGACUUUUGGUGUUCAAUUCCAAACUUGAUCGUCAAUUCCACAGCCUUAUCUGUUUUCCAUUGUUCCAUUCGACCGGCUCGACUAGACUCGACCAGACGGAUCAUUUCAAUUGAUUGUCUUAUCGAGUACCACCAAUAAAAAAAUAUCAUCUACCAUCUUUUCCUCCACCCUCACCCCUCCCCUCCCCGCCCCAUCAUGUCAUCCUCCUCCUCGGUCAAACGAGCUUGCGACGCGUGCCAUCGUCGAAAGGUUAAAUGCGAUGGAGUAAAUCCAUGUCGCAAUUGUUCUACGACACAAUUGACGUGUACUUAUCAUGCCAUCCCACAGAAGAAAGGUCCAAAAGGUUCACGAGCAAAAGUCAUCAGCGAAUUAAGACAAAAUCAACAAUCCUCACUCUCAGCGAAGACUGCAAAUCGCAUGAAUGGUGUUCAGAGCCCGCCAUGUAGUCCUACACUCGCGCCCACGCCAGGCCUGCUUACGACAGAAAUGGUCAAGGAAUGUACUGAAUUCUUCUUCGCGAACAUGUAUCCUACGAUGCCGAUAUUACACAGAGAACGAUUAGAACAACAAGCACUGUAUGUGGAUCAGAAUGUCGAUACCUAUUGCCUCUUGACAGCAAUGUGUGCAUUGAUGAUGAUUCAACCUGGAAUGGGAAUACCUGGUGAUCCUCUUGGAUUGGAUAGUCUACCUGGCGCAAACAUUGUCUCUGGAACUUUGUUAUUAGAAGAGACACUGAAAGUUAGGAAGAGUUACGAUUAUUGCGAAUCACCUACACAGAAUAGCUUAGUGACAAGCUUUUUCAUCUUCGCAUGUUAUUACGGAUUGGAUCUACAUAACAAGGCUUGGUUCCAUUUACGAGAAGCGACCACAUUGGCACACACGUUGGAGAUGGUGAAAGAGGAGACAUACCAUCAAUUCGAUAUCAUUGAAUCAUCACGAAGACGCAGACUCUACUGGUUGUUAUUCGUGACCGAAAGGUGACAUCCUCAUCCAGGCAACCGAUUGUCAAAAGCUAACAGAACUACAGAUCCUACGCGCUUCAAAGACAUCGACCUCUCUCACUCCAAGCCACGAUUAACCUCCCUUCAAUCAAUGAUGAUCCUACCGAUCCUCAAAAUCAUCACCUACAGGGAUUCAUUCAUCUCGUAAACGUUUACCGCCCAUUCGAUGAUCAAUUCGUUGCACUCUGGAACAAAACUCGUACCGACUGUUCACCAGCCUAUCUCUCCUCCCUUCAAAAACAACUUUCCGAAGCCCUCCCAAUAUACCUCAACACCACAGAAAACCAAACCGCAGACCUGAGAACAAGUCAACAAUGGUUGAGAACAAUGGUAUGGCAAUUAAGUAUACAAAAUGGAUGUCUCAGCAGCAAUUGUGAUGAUCCAAGUAUGACAUUUCAAUACCCUGUCGAUAUUGCGAGAGAUUUGGCCCAGAUGACAAGUCAAUUCAGUCAUCAGAGUAUGGAAGUUCAUGGUGUUGGAUUGGUAAGUAUUCUUCCCUGCAGCGUUUUGUACUCUCAGCUUGCUGACCGUUGUGUUGUAUAGAUUGAAAAACUAUUCGACGUAGCAUGUUCUCUCACCGAUGUUCUCUCCCUUCUUCCCCCCAAGUCCGACCCCUUUACGAUGGGCCCCCGCGAUUACCUUCAUCAAUUCAUGACCAUGCUCUCCAUCCUCCGCAACGGCGAUCAUCGAUUCCUUCCUCUCCUUCUUAACAAAGUUCACGAUGUUCUUCCUGGUCUUGUGAAUCCUAUGUUACAAAAUGCACCCGAAAAUACUCAAAUGUGCGCCGAUGUCGACCUGUUUGAUGGCUUUGGCAAUACUGGUAUUAGCAUGCCUCCUCAGAAUUACAAUGCGAUGGUUACUAGUGGUCCUAACGAUUACAAGAUGGGACAUGCGAAUGGAGGUUUAGCAUUCGAUAAGAGAAUUGAAGAAUUAAGUAGUCCAAGUGUGACAGGUGGUAUGUCUGCCGAAACCACACCAUUCACAUCACCGCCUAUCAUGAAUCCUGGGAUGGAAUAUCAAGCUUUGGAUUAUCAAGGAUUCCAUGACUUAAAUAGUCAUGCUCACGGAAUGGAUUUCAAGAGAGAAUAUGGUGUCGAGAAUAGAGAGAGUUCAUUUGGGGUUUCGAGCCCUGGGGGUAUGAGCGAAAUGAGUAAUGGAGUUGUGAGUGUAAAUGGAAAUGGAAUUGGUGGGAGAAGACCUCCGAUAAGGCAAGGAAGUGGAAGUAGUUAUGGUAUGCCACUUCCAAGAAGUAUACCGGAAUUUAACCAUGGUCACUUUUCGAGAGCUAGUACUGGUGGAGAGGACAUGGGAGUGGGAGUAAAUGGUGUUGAUUUAGGUCAUCAUGGAUUUAGGUGAUGACGGCGGAGUGGACUAAAGUAUCGUUUGAAGAUAUGUCAUGUUUUUGGGUCCGCGAUAGCCUGGAAGGCAAAGCACAACGGAUUUUUGUCACAUCUAAUCGUCACAAGUCGAUGCUGGAAUGGAUCGCAUUCGCUUCAUUAAGCCUGGAGUCAUAGGUGGCAUUCGCUUCAUUAUAAGCCUCAAGUCAUAAGUGGAACUUGCGGUAUUAUCUUUGAGAUUAGCAAUCUUUUUUUACUUGAGCCAGCCUCCAAAUCUGCAAACAUCUUCAAGAAUGGAGAAACAGGAACCUGGCGGGCCACAAUUCCUUGGCUGCUUAGUUCGACUGGCAUAUUCGACAUGGAAGAAGAGGAAAAAAGGAGGGAGUUGAAAGCCGGGACGUAUUAUGAUUUGUUGAAUUGGUGAUUGUGCAAAGUGGGGUUUUAUGGAAUGGGAAUAGGAAUUCAAGGACAAAGGAAAGGGAAGGAAAGGAAAGGGACGGAAAAUUAUAGUAAUGAUUCAAUGUUGGUGUUCUUGGGGUUCGGGGUUUGGUAAAUGUUACUUUGGGGUGGAUGAAUGGAUUGAUCUUUUACUUUUAUGAUUUUUUCCAGUUGAGAGAAGGAAAAUCAGAUGGGGAAGCGAACGCAAACUGAAAUGUAUAUUCGAUGUUUUAUGUAUGGUAAGGGAUGGAUGGUAUGAUAUACUAUGAUGAGGUGGUUAGCUUGUCGGUUUAGAUGUUUGAUAUAAAAUCUGUUGUUGAUAUUUUGGACAUGAUUU